AUGAACAACUCAUUUGUUUUGGGUAAGAGAUUCUUCUUUUCAAGCUCCAACCGUAGUGGUAUUUUCCGCAGGUUAAAUAAUAACAUUAUAAACUCCGCUCCAAAAGAUAUUCAAAUUGAAGAACUCAGGAAACCCAUUGGUCUACCACAACCUCCUUUUAAUACCAAGGAAUACAAAUAUGGAAAUAGUUUCUUAGAUCUAUUCAACAGCGAGAAAACUGAGAAGCGCGCAGGAGAAUUAGAGGUUGAAUUCCGAAAGUCUGGAUUUCACGACUUGUACGUUUUGAAGAAGACAAAUGGUAAGAUCUUCUACUCACCACCAUCAUAUUGGAAAGCUGAUAAGUCAUUGUAUUUUCCUCACCUAUCAGGACAGAGGUUAGCUGAUGGAGAGGAAUGUAAUAUUGAGGAUUCUUUGGCAGGUAAGGUUUCUAUUGUGAGAAUGUUUACCACCGAUGUAGGAAAGAAUUUGAUAGAUUCUUACUUCGUAGACAAGACACAUGGUUUAGACUACCUAAAAAAUGACCUUGACCUUCUAAAGGACGUUGAAGGUGCUAAAAGUGCACAGAUAAUUGAAAUAAAUAUGGCUGAAAACUGGUUGAAAAUGGCAAUCGUGAACUUUGCAAAGAAUAAAUAUGCUUCCAUUGUCCCAGAGCACCGCCAUGAUAAAACUUUCAUUUGCAAUAGAACUCAACUCCCAUUUCAGAUCAGGGAGGAGAUACAAAUCAACAAUUUAUACUCGGGAUACGUAUUCGUUAUUGACGAAAAUUUAAAGAUUAGAUGGGCAGCUUCAGGGGAAGCUUCACAAAAGGAUUUCAAUUUACUCUGGAGAUGCGUCAAUGCAAUUAGAAAGGAAUGA